AUGAAGUCCUCGUACCUGUUGGCCAGCCUUGCCUUGGGCACCACCACCCUCGCAAGGCUGAUUCCCCGCGCGGAGAUCGAUAGCGGACAGUGGAAGUGCCGUUGGACUGGUCACUGCCUUGGCGACGAGUGCGAGACCAACCGAGACUGUGAUGGCGACCUCGUCUGCCGCAACUACGAGUGCGCAAACCCUGGAGGUUCAGUCAAGCCGACCACCACGCGCAAGACCACGUCGACCAUCAAGACCACCGCUCGUCCCACACACACCGUACCUCCAGGCUGUGUCUGGCCCGGCCAUUGCUUGGGUGACCCCUGUAAAACCGAAAACGACUGCGACGCCGAUUGGAUUUGCCUGGCAGGCAAGUGUGCUUCACCGAGACCGACCAUUCCUGUUCCCACCACCACUCGGCCUAUCCCUCCCCCAAUCACCACGACGAGGACUACGAGUAAACCGACCACCACCACUCGGCCUUUAAUCACGGUGCCGGUGCCUACUACCACGAGCGAGCCACCUACGAACCCGGGAAACCCCAGCUGUGGGGAUAAUCCUCUGGCUUGUAUUGGCUCUCCAUGCUCGAUCGAUGCCGACUGCAAGUUUGACUUGAUCAUUUGCCAGAAUGGUGUUUGCGGACUCUGA